AUGGGCAAAUCCAAUCUCGAGCUGAUCGUUGAAUGCGAUAACUUCCCAUAUUACGAGGAUAACCGUGCUGCGUACACGGAGAACCUUAACAACUACCAUGCAUUCCGAGUCAAUGGCUAUGAUGCCACUCUGGGUUACAUUUUGAACUCAGUGGUUGAGAAAUUCCCCUGGUCACCGGACUACUGGGCGGUUGACUCUGCCGCCAAGACCGUAACUUUGACCACGCCGGCAGACGCAACACCGGAGCACCGCAGUAAGUUGGUCGGAGGAAGCAUUCUCGAGGCCGUGAAGAUCGGUGCCUUUGAAGUACUGAAGGGGUGGCGAAAUGAAAAGUACCCGGUUUAUGGACCAGCUGGAGAGUUUCUGCUCGACAUGGAACGAUGUGCUUCGCCGCUAUUCGGUGUCGUGAGCUACGGUGCCCACAUGACCGGCUACGUGGAAGACGCCGAUGGCAUCAAGUUCUGGGUUCCUCGACGCUCAAAGACCAAGCAGACCUACCCUAGCAUGCUGGACAACACAGUUGCGGGCGGUAUGUGCACUGGCGAAAAGCCAUUUGAGUGCAUUGUCCGUGAAGCUAUGGAGGAAGCUUCCCUUCCCGAGGAUGUGGUGCGUGCUUCUAUCACUCCGGUGGGCGUUGUGACUUACAGCCAUGUUCGGGAUGUGCGGGCUGGUGGUGAGACUGGGCUGAGCCAGCCAGAGGUCGAGUAUGUCUAUGAUUUGAAGCUUGACCCAUCGGUCAUUCCGCAGCCCGGGGACAACGAGGUGGAAGAAUUCCAUCUCUGGACUGUGGACCAAGUUAAAGAAGCAUUGGCUCGCGGCGAAUUCAAGCCCAAUUGCGCUUUCGUCAUGAUCGAUUUCUUCAUUCGACGUGGUAUUCUGACUGCGGAAAAUGAGCCUGAUUAUUUGGACAUUAUGUCUCGUCUGCAUCGUCGCUUGGAAUACCCGACGGUCUCACACUGCUAG